AUGCUGAAACCUGAUGCUGAUUGGGUGAGAACUAUUGAUGACAGAUCCACUAGGAGGAUUGGGAAGUUGCUCAGUGCUGAUGCCAGCCAUUUUGUUUCUGCCGCUAGGAGUCAUUGGUGUUCAGAAUUAUUUUCUGUUGGUAUCAAGGUGUUGCAAACUCUUGAAGCCCUCCAUAAGUUCUCAACUACGAAUUCCUUGUCUAUGUUUUGCCAAAGCAUGCCUCUCCGUCAUAUCUUUGAGGUCGCAAAAUUUCUUCUGGACUUCAAGUUUCUUCUUUGCAAUAAUCAUGAUAGAGGAACAUUGCAAAAUUUUGUUCAAUUAUCUACUAUCUACUUUGUAGACGUUUUUCCUUUAGACUGUCGGAAAUCAUUGACAGAGAAUAUGAUCCAUCUGAGAAGGACUGAGCUGUCCCGGACUUUACUUGAAGAAGUUGUUCAUGGAAACAUCAAGGGUAAACUGACCUAUGGGCAAAUUGGGAGGGUGGUUAUGAUGUGGCUUUGGUCUGGAAAACCCACAGAGGAGCUGUACAAGAAGAUUGAGGACAGGUUCAAAGACAAUUCAUCUUGGAAAGCAUUGGUUCAGAACCUCAGUGGGAAAAUAAUGCCAGAAUCUUCGGAGGAGUCACCAUCGAGCAUUUCUGAUGAAGCUCCAAGUGCAAUCUCUUUGAUUUGCAAGUUCCAUAAAGCUUUGGAAGAUGCUUAUAAUGCCAAUUGGAGAAAAGAAGAUGACUAUAUAUCACCAAGUUGCUUCUUGUAUCUUCUUGACCGCCUACUGAUCCUAGCAUUUAACGUCCAGGGAUUCUUUGUCACAACAAAAUCUUCAACUGUUGAAUGGCUUAUUUAUCAGCAAUGGAUGGCGAACCCAGCUGACAGUUCUGCAAAUGGCUUUCAAUCAUCUCUGGCAGCUGUGUAUGACUUUGUGGUCUCCAUAAUUCGGCAGUUUCUUUCUAAUAGACAGGAUAUAGAGGAAUGGAUUAAAAAAUCUAAAAUAAAUUUCGAGAACUAUUAUCCACUGCUGGUGACAAGACUGUUGCUUGGAAGGGAUAACAUUACUUCACAGCUACCAAAGGAACUCUGUGGCGUUCUUCAGCGAAUGAGGAAGGGCAAUGGUUUUAAAAUGAAUGCAAAUGUGCUUGCAGAAGCAUUCAAAAGGAUUGGAGAUCCUCUCGUGAUUGUGAGCUUGAGAAUAAAUUGUGCAAACUUCUUCUGUCCUGAUGCCAUUUUGGUGGACAUGGGGGUAACCCAAUGCAGGGAGGACAUUAUAAGAGUCUUGUUUCCUAGGAACACCAGAGCUCCCCCAGGCAAAACUGCUUCUGCUGAAGGAGAUAUGUCUAAUUCUUGCAAGAAAGGGAUUUCUUUGAAUGGCGAGGAUGGAUCGAAUGUACCUAACUGUGACAUCUUCUAA